CCACUCGUUAAACUUUGGCCUGUAACCAUAGUAUGCAUACCACUCCACGCUUAUAUCAUAGAGAGGGGGAGUAACGAGUUAUCACUAUGCAUUGCAAUGGCUCGACCUCGGCCUUUGGCUGUUCGGCGUUACGAUGUGGUGUUCGAUAUCUAUACAUACCUACCUACCUAGGUAGAUACCUAGGAUCAAUAUACCAAUAAGAAACAAUGGGUUUCUCAGAGGAAGCAAUUAGCGAACUCCGCUCUAUCAUAGAGCAGAGUCUUGUCAGUGGCGGCGAAUCAACUGCGUCUAGCGUUCCCGGGACAGUCGCUGUUGUUGUAGACCGAGACGGGAACGAACUAUUUGCCCACUCGGCUGGCAAACGAGGCAUUAUAUCCAAUGAAGCCAUGACGCUGGACAACGUAUUCUACCUAGCGAGCUGCACCAAACUAAUUGCAGGGCUUGCCUGUAUGCAACUUGUCGAAAAGGGGGAGCUGAAACUAGACGACGCGGCGCAAGUCGAGGAGCUAUGUCCAGAACUAAAAGAUAUCAAAGUUCUCAAGGACGAUGGAACUUUCGAAGAGAAGAAAAGAGGGAUUACCCUAAAAAUGCUGUUAACUCAUACCUCGGGUUUUUCAUACACGUUCUUCAACGAGACGUUGAGGGAUUGGAGUCUUCCUAUCGGCAUUGACGAGUUCUCUGGCGAUAUUAAGGAUAUGCUGAAGAUCCCGCUGCGAUUUCAACCGGGCGAGAAAUGGGGAUACGGAAUUGGUAUCGACUGGGCUGGAAUCGUCCUACAAAGGAAGACUGGGUUGACCCUGAAUGAGUACAUUCAAAAGAACAUCUGCCAGCCACUUGGUCUGGGGAACCUUACCAUGAUACCGACGCAAUCGAUGAAAGACAACCUAGCUCAUAUGCACCAAAGGCUGCACGACGGCAAGCUCAUUCCUCGAGACCACCUACUCCGGCGACCCCUAAUCGUCUCAACUCCCGAAGAGAUCGCCGACACGUUCAACAGCGGCGGAGCCGGUCUCUUCGCCAAGCCCCAGGAAUACACCCGCGUCCUAGCAGUCCUCCUCAACGACGGCACCUGCCCCAAGACCGGCGUCAAGAUCCUCGAGAAAUCCACCGUAGAGCAGAUGUUCACGAACCAGAUCCCGGAGUUCCCCGACUUCGGGCGGCAGGGCAUCGCAGCAGCGAAGCCGCAUCUGACGAACGCGACCGGGGACUUGUACCCCGUUCCCGGAAACGCGCCGCAGGGCUGGGGCUUGACGUUCAUGCUGAGCGGCGCCGGCCCGGCGACGGGCAGGUCGGCCAAGACUGCGUUUUGGGCCGGGCUGCCGAAUCUGUACUGGUGGGCGGACCGCGAGCACAAUGUCGCUGGCAUGGUGUGCACGCAGAUUCUGCCGGCUUUUGACCCGGCGGUCCUUGGGCUGUGGUUCCAGAUCGAGGCGGCUGUGUAUAAGCAUUUGAAGCUGGCUAAAGCAUAGUGAAUGGGAAUUAUCUGCGGUGGGAUUGUUAGGGAUGGAGCUCUAAGUUUCAUAAGCUCUGGGUAUGAAUUAGUCGCUCGAGGGAGUGGCUUAAAUA